GCUGUAUUCCAAGGGAGUGGGGGGAGCAUACAGGUGAUAAAAAAGGUGAUGCUCAGAAUCCCUCAUUCUUUCCUGGAUUUGGUUAAAGAUAUACAGUUUGCUGUCAGUCAAUAUCAAAAGAUAACAGUUCCAAAUAUCUAAAAACAAGUCCAUAUAUAAUUUUCUAGUGUUGACAAGAUAUUGAUGCAGCAGUAAAGUCCUCAACCCAUAUAUCUACAGGAAGUGGGGAUUUGUCUCUCCAGGACUGCAAAAAGCCAGGAUGCUGAAAGCCUACCUGAUCUUGUCAGGCAGACCAUUGCAUAAGGCAGGGGCCACAACAGGGGAGUCUCUGCACAACAACCGGGCUUUGUUGAAGUUCCAGGCACCAGAAGUGUUGGUUAUGUUCUCAGAGCAAACUAUCAGUAUAACUCUUGGGCUUUCCUUCCCCUCCACAGAGCUGAAGAAGUCCCUCUAUGCCAUUUUCUCCCAGUUUGGCCAGAUCCUUGACAUCCUGGUGUCUCGCAGCCUGAAGAUGCGGGGACAAGCCUUUGUCAUCUUCAAGGAGAUCAGCAGCGCCACCAAUGCAUCUAGGUCCAUGCAGGGCUUCCCCUUCUAUGACAAGCCAAUGAGGAUCCAGUAUGCCAAAUCUGACUCGGACAUCAUUGCCAAGAUGAAGGGCACUUUUGUGGAGCGGGACCGUAAGCGCGAGAAGCGGAAGCCCAAGGGCCAGGAAGUUGCGGCAGUCAAGAAGCAGCUCCCUGGGGCAGUGGCUCCAGUAGCCCCCACGGUCCAAGGCGCUGCUGUGCCUGGGAUGCCGCCCAUGAACCAAGGCCCACGAAUGAUGCCUCACAUCCCGGGCCAACCUCCCUACAUGCCUCCUCCAGGAAUGAUGCCACCUCCUGGCAUGGCACCGGGGGCUAUUCCUCCUGGGGCCAUGCCACCUCAACAAAUGCUGCCUGGGCAGAUGGCUCCGGCGCAGCCGCUAUCAGAGAAUCCACCCAACCACAUAUUGUUCCUCACCAACCUGCCUGAAGAGACCAAUGAGCUGAUGCUCUCCAUGCUGUUCAAUCAAUUUCCUGGGUUCAAGGAAGUGCGGCUGGUCCCCGGCCGGCAUGACAUUGCCUUUGUGGAGUUUGACAAUGAAGUACAAGCUGGAGCUGCCCGUGAUGCCCUGCAGGGCUUCAAGAUCACCCAAAACAAUGCCAUGAAGAUCUCGUUUGCCAAGAAGUGAUGCCUCCCUCAGCCUGGAGCAAUCAUGUUUGUUGUUCGUGGGUGCCUGUAUUGUGGUCUGGGUGUUGAUUUUUCUGGUUUUGUUUUGGGUUUUUUUGCAAGUCAUGUUCUGGAAGGUAAGAGUGUACAAGGGAGUGUCUGGCUGGGCAAGAUGAUCUAGAGCUUACUUUGCCAAGCAGUGGUGUGGAGGGGCUCAAACACUUACAGUUUCUCAGGUCCUGGUGAUGGGUUUGCUGGGGGGGCGUGGGGGGGGGGCGUGUGUGCACGUGGGUCUGAGAGAGAAAGAGCAGGCAUUCAUUCCUAGAAAGUAGGAGCCGAUUUCUGACAAAAGCAUUGUACCCAGAGUCUGACGGCCAGACAUAGCACCUGGAGCUUUUCUCUUUUGCAAUAAAAAAACCACAGUUUUCUAAAA